AAGUCGACACGCUCAUCUACAAAGAGAAAGGCGUCCUCACCCUUGCCAACUGGCCCCACUCCGGCCAAACAGCCGAAAAAGGCAAAGCCAGAACCACCUGCUGCUGCUGCCGCUGACACUCCCACCGACCCUGUCAAGUCCGCUCCCAAAAUCACAGAAGCUCAAUUCGCAUCAGCAGGAGCAAAGCUUGACAUUCCCAUCGACGACGGGGUUGCUUCCUCCUGGCAUGUCUACGUCGACCCUGACACUGGUAUAAUUUACGAUGCCUCGCUCAACCAGACCAACGCCUCGAAUAACAACAACAAAUUCUAUCGUGUUCAGCUCCUAGAAGACGCAUCUGGUGCAAGACAUCAGACAUGGACUCGCUGGGGUCGUGUUGGUGAGCACGGCCAAACGGCUAUGCUCGGUGAUGGCUCUCUUGAAGACGCUUUUAGCCAUUUUGAGAAGAAAUUCAAAGACAAGUCUGGCCUCAAAUGGGAUGACAGAGGCGAGAAACCAAAGCCAAAGAAGUAUGUCUUUGUUGAACGCAGCUACCUUGCCGACGAUGAUGAAGCUCCUGCUCAAUCCGGUGCCUCUCCUGAUGGCGACGAGCCUGCAUACGCACCACCCAAGUGUACUCUGGAUCCGCCCGUUCAGUCGCUCAUGGAGCUCAUCUUCAAUCCAAAACAUUUCGCCAACACUAUGCAAGCCCUCAAUUACGAUGCCAACAAACUGCCUCUUGGAAAGCUCAGCAAAGCCACCAUCACCAAAGGUUUUGAGAUUCUGAAAGAGCUGUCUGCUUUAAUGAACAAUUCAUCGGUCACUUUCAACGAUUUUGAACAGCUCAGCAACCAGUACUACAGCUACAUCCCUCACUCGUUCGGAAGAAAUCGCCCACCCAUCAUCCGCACUCUCGAAAUGCUCAAGCCAGAGAUAGAUUUGCUGGACAGCUUGAGUGACCUCAAGAAUGCAGACGAGAUCUUGAAGAAGGCCAAGGAGUCAGCAAGCCAGAUCCACCCUCUCGAUUCACGCUUCCGUGGUCUCGGCAUGCAAGAAAUGCAAGCCCUCUCACCAUCCAGUUCAGAAUUCGCCGAGAUCAACCAGUACCUUCACAAGACUUGCGGCUCGACUCAUCACGUUCAGUACGAGGUGCAGGACAUCUUCCGCAUCCAACGUGAGGGAGAGUUUGAGAGGUUUGACAAGAGCGAAUACUCGGUCGGUAGUGAUCGUCGUCUGUUGUGGCAUGGAUCUAGAUCGUCGAACUUCGGUGGAAUUCUCAGUCAAGGUCUACGCAUCGCUCCACCAGAAGCACCUGUCAACGGUUACAUGUUCGGCAAGGGCAUCUAUCUGGCCGACAUGAGCUCAAAAUCCGCCGGGUACUGUUGUGCAUAUAAUAGUGACGGGCAUGCCCUCCUCCUUCUCUGUGAAGCUGAACUCGGCAAACCAAUGCAAACUCUCACUGGUGCCAGUUACCAAGCAGCUGAGACUGCCAAAGAAAUGGGCUCCUUGUCUACUUUGGGUCAAGGCAGAAUGGCGCCCAAAGCCUGGAAAGAUGCUGGGUGCAUUCAUCCCUCUCUCACUGGCACAACCAUGGUAUGUUUUCAUAUUGUGACUUUCGGGCAGCAUAAAAAUUCUAACCUCACGCAGCCGGACACCACCGAAGACCCUGGUGAUACCAAUGUUGCCGGCGCCUCCCUUUACUACAAUGAGUACAUCUGUUAUGAUGUUGCUCAGAUCCGUCUGCGCUACCUCUUGCGUGUCAAGAUGUAA